AUGUUCCGGCUGCGUCAGCAUCGAGUUUCUGCGUCCGGCGUCUUCACAAUCCGACUUUAUAACCUUGACCGCCUCCAUGUCAGCUCGUCAAAUACUCCUCACCUUGCAGUCGCUAUGCAGCAGCCUACUUGCAGCGGACUCCGCGUAGAGUCUCUUGCAGACUCCCAUGUCAUAUUCCACGCUGUGAUGCUAGGCAUCCUUCCUAUGGUCGUCCGGCGCCUAGAUCCAGAUGAGAGGCAGCUCAUACACCCGGGUUGUGUCUUUGUAUGGGAGGAACGUUGCCCGCUCGCUCAAGCUACCGGAACAGGUAUGGAACGCUGGACCGACGGAAGACGCUGGGGGCCUUCUCGAGUUCGGGAUGAGUUUCUGCUCUAUCAGGAAGUGCUUCCGGAGCUGGACGCCGAUGAAGAAGUCUCGCACCGCCAGCUGCGAAAUCGCCUAGUCAAGAAAUCCUAUUCCGUGCUUGUCGACCUGGAGAGGGGGCGUCGGAAGUGGCACCUCGUGGCGUAUUACACACAAGAUAGCCUCGAACGCCUGCACACCAUCGCCGACAUCCCGACGCUGGCCGCACUUCGUGGUUACGUCCCAGAAGGCAAAUACAUGACUGCGCGAUCGUCGAAGGUGCGCACUCGCGCAGAGAAAGGAGGGGCUUCUCAGGUCGCCAAUCAGGUGUCAGUAUUCUCUGAACCACCCGGUCCUUAUGAACCAGCACCCGGAGCCCCGCCUUCUCCUGAUUCAUACUCUGCAGCCUUCCCAGAGUCGAAGCCCUCUCCCACACCCACAGCACUCAGCACGUCGGUCCGUCUGCCCGACAUUCAUCAGGCGCAGUCGCCGGUACAGCGCCGCCGAAGCGCGUCGCAGGACCUCGCACCUCUGGUCUAUCUAAAAACGCUGCCCUACAUGCCACGCCAUCCGAUCGACGCCGUUGCCCUGCGAUCGUUUGAUCGUGCGAUGUUCUGA